GAAGAACGACGUCACCCCUGUAUGACACUGUCCCAGUCCCUCAUUCUCGUUCUCAUAUACUCAGCAGUCUUCUUCAUCUUCCAGACCUCCGUACCGAAUUCUCAAUCUUACCACCAAACUCCCGCCUAUUCAAAUUAGAAAUAACCAACCAAUUUCACACAAACAUCCACCAUGGCUUCUGGACAACCUCUUGACCCAUACAAGGCCAAGAACAAAGAUGAGCCCGGCGUCGAGACCAAGAUCAACGAGCUCAACAGCUUCAUCCAAUCCCAGAAAUAUGGAAUGAUGACCACCCGCGUCGCCGACUCCGGCCUUCUCGUCUCCAGAUGCAUGGCUCUGGCUGCUCAGGAGAGCGGUGGUGUCGACCUCCUCUUCCACACAAACACCGAAUCGGGCAAGACCCACGACCUCGAAUCCGACUCCCACAUCAACAUCUCCUUCUGCGCCUCUAACGGCAGUUGGGCCAGCAUCUCCGGCACCGCGAGCGUCAUCUCCGACCGCGACUUUGUCAAGAAAUACUACACUCCAUCCCUCAAGACUUGGCUCGGUGACCUGGGCGACGGCACACACGACGGCAGUGAGAAUGACCCCCGUAUCGGCAUCAUCAAGGUGAAGGCCCUGACUGCAACAUAUGCUGUGUCCCAGGGCACUUUCAUUGGCAGGGGCGUCGAGAUGGUCAAGGGUGCGAUCACGGGCGAGGCGGCACAAGUCAAUGCUCUCCGUGAGAUUAACGAGCAGGAGAUCCAGCAGUGGAGAUCUUCACACUCUUGAGGGUCAUCCCACGUUCAAAAGCAUGCUGACACUUGGAACUUUGUUGAGCAUGUCUGCUGCAGAGCCCCUGUCUACGAGUGACACACCACGAGCAGAAUGAGAACAUAAUAGCUUUCCCUCUGCGCUCAAUGCCACAGAAAGCAGUAGCACGCCUGCUCCCAGGUUGACAAUACCAGGGCAAUGUACAGUAUCA